AUGAGACGUUCAGCAAGAUUAAUCAAACAGGAGGUUUCGCCGACAACAAGUAGAUUUUUCCAGUCCGUGAGCGAUUCGCAGCAGAAGUUAUCGGAAGCGGCGAGGGCAAGCGCGGAGGAACAGGAGACGAAAUCCCCUGGACCGCGUCGCAAAAAGAUCAAGGUCGAGAAAGUUGAAGUAAAAAUCGAGGAUAAUGAAGUCAAAGGAGGACACUCUGAAGUUGAAGUUCCAAAUAGGCCGUCACCGCCCAAAAACUUCUGGCCCAUCUAUGACGAGGUCAAGAAGAUGCGGGCAAAGGUGAUAGCACCAGUCGACACCAUGGGAUGCCAUAACAUUCCCACGCGGAUCUCAGGACUUCAAGAGGGUCUUGUGUUUAGAUUUCAGCUCCUGAUCACUUUGAUGUUAUCGUCGCAAACCAAAGAUGAAGUCAACCACCAGGUCAUGGCCGAUAUGCAGAAGGCGUUUCUGGCCAAGGGAUACGAGGAUGGUGUUUGCCUCCAGGCGAUGCUGGAUGUCUCAGAAUUUGAUCUGGACAAAAUGAUCUACAGGGUAGGUUUCCAUAAUCGAAAGGCCAAAUAUAUCAAGCAAACGGCGGAGAUUCUGAGGGAGAAACAUGGAGGUGAUAUACCCAAAGACAUAGAUAGCAUCACCGCGUUCCCCGGAGUGGGGCCGAAAAUGGGCUUUUUGCUAUUGCAAGGUGCUUGGAAUAUCACCACCGGAAUUGGUGUAGAUGUUCAUAUGUUUCGUUUGGCGAAUAUGUGGGGAUGGGUGCCCAAGACCAAAUCGCCUACGCCGGAGCAAACCAGAGCCGCUUUUGAGAGUUGGUUACCGGAAGAAUACUGGCAAGAGAUCAACCCUACUCUCGUUGGGUUUGGUCAGGUGGUUUGUCUUCCUCGUGGACCGAGAUGUGAUCUUUGUACCCUUGCUACCAAGAAAAUGUGUCCCGGUGUUGAUAGGAAGCUGUUGAACAAAGUUGCGAAGGAGAAAGCAUUAUAUGAAACACUUGGUGGUGAUCAGAAUCCGAAUCUCAAGCUUCGUUCUCCAAAAAAGAGCCGUGGAGAUAUUUCUAGAUUGAUGCUUCCUGACAUUGAAGAUCUUGUAUAA